AUGGACAUAAAUAACUGUAAUACAGGGGCCAUCAAUCCAAUCUUUGACCUGAAGAACCUCUCCUGUAGCCUGGAGGUGUCCGAUGAUCGUCAGACAGUCACUGUGUCUCGCUGGCCACAGUCUUAUCUCUGGAGUCACGAGAGGUUAGAGACUUGCCAGAUCUUAUGUUCCCAGCUCCUCUUUUCUGGGCAGCAGUACUGGGAAGUGGAUACUCAGCAUUGUAGCCACUGGGCAGUUGGGGUGGCUUCCUGGAGGAUGAGUCAAGACUAGAUCCUGGGAUGGACUGAAGAUUCCUGGUGCGUGGAGUGAAAUGGGACCAGAUAGCUCUCUGUAUGGAACAUGGUGAAAGAAUCUAUCUUCAGCCUAGACAGACAUGGGAUUGUGGGCAUCUGGUUGGACCUUGAGGCAGGGAAGCUUGCCUUCCAUGCAGUGGUUAAUCAAGAGAAACUUCUUCCCCUACACCUUGCCUUCUGGCUAUAUGGUUUACCUGGAAACUCUUUGUUUAUAAAGCAAAUAAUGAUAUAA